AUGGCGAUGCGCCGAGCUCCACCGCUGCUGUUCCCAGCUGCCGCCAAGCACACAGCUACUGUCAUUUUCAUCCACGGAUUGGGUGAUAACGGGUAUGGAUGGGCAUCGGCAGUAGAGAACUGGAGACGGAGGCAGAGAUUGGAUGAGGUCAAAUUCAUCCUGCCACAUGCCCCGCGCAUCCCGGUUACAGCUUCGGGCGGAAUGUCUAUGCCUGGAUGGUACGAUAUUUUUGCACUCACUGGCAAAAUAGACGAUAUCAAGAGGCAUCAAGACGAAAAUGGUAUCAUGCAGAGCAGGGAGUACUUCCACGGGCUGAUCCAAGCUGAGAUCGACUCUGGGAUACUCCCUAACCGCAUCGUACUCGGCGGCUUCUCACAAGGCGCCGCCAUGUCCCUCUUUACUGGCUUGACGGCUAAGUUUAAGUUGGCUGGCAUAGUCUCGCUUUCGGGUUAUCUACCCCUAGACUCAAAGAUUGACGAUCUUCUCAAAGAGAACGAUCACAACCACCAAACACCAAUCUUAAUGUGUCAUGGAGAUGAGGAUGCAGUUGUACCGACGAACUUGGGCAAGAUGUCUUACGAAUCACUGAAGAACCGUGGUUUCGAUGUGACGAUGAAGAUAUAUCCGGGUUUACCUCAUUCGGCCUGUAUAGAGGAACUUGAUGAGGUUGAGUCUUUCCUGAAUGCUCGUCUCCCACCUCAAGACAACAAGAAGACGGAACUAUAA